AAGGGGCUGAUGAGAGGAAGAUUAUUGUUCUUUUCAGAGGAUGCCUUCGCUUCCUCCCAGUGAGUCUUCAGUGAACCUUCUUACUAGAGACUUCGGACCAGAGUGAGGGAUGUAAAGAGAAGGAAAGCCGCCAGGAGCUCCAGCCAGCCGGGGAGACCCUCCUCUCUGUGGAGGGGAGGGGGAUUUCCAGCGACACAUCUCUGACGAAAGGGACCUUCGCAGGAGAGGAGCCCUCCGAGGGAGCGGGGAAUCCCACAGCCCUUUGUGGCACAGGAGCCAGAGCUGCUGGCUGAGUGGAGCGGGGGUCUGUGGGAGCUAGCCAUCAUGGAGAUGCCUGCUACAGAGCAAUCCUUCUUCACCUGACCUCCUCCUUAAGGACCCUGGCUCUGUGAUUCCGUCCAGGUCAAAAUGGCAGAAAAGGCUCUCCCUGGCUUGAACAGGAAGACAUCUAGGUCGACACUUUCUCUUCCUCCAGAACCUGUGGACAUUAUCCGAAGCAAAACGUGCUCUCGGAGAGUUAAGAUCAAUGUGGGGGGCCUUAACCACGAAGUCCUGUGGAGAACCCUGGAUAGGCUACCCAGGACACGCUUGGGGAAGCUUCGAGACUGUAAUACGCACGAAAGCCUCCUGGAGGUGUGCGAUGACUACAAUCUUAACGAGAAUGAGUAUUUCUUUGACCGACAUCCUGGAGCUUUCACAUCUAUCCUCAACUUCUACCGGACAGGGAAGCUGCACAUGAUGGAAGAAAUGUGUGCGCUGUCUUUUGGUCAAGAGCUUGAUUACUGGGGCAUCGAUGAGAUCUACCUGGAGUCCUGCUGCCAAGCCAGGUACCACCAGAAGAAAGAGCAGAUGAACGAAGAACUGAGGCGGGAGGCAGAGACCAUGCGUGAGCGCGAAGGAGAGGAGUUCGACAACACCUGCUGCCCGGAGAAAAGGAAGAAGCUUUGGGAUUUGCUGGAGAAACCUAACUCAUCAGUGGCUGCAAAGAUCCUGGCCAUCGUGUCUAUCCUGUUCAUCGUACUUUCGACCAUUGCUCUGUCUCUCAACACACUUCCGGAGCUGCAGGAAAAUGAUGAAUUUGGGCAACCCAGUGACAACCGCAAGUUGGCGCACGUCGAGGCUGUGUGCAUUGCUUGGUUUACCAUGGAGUACCUUUUACGAUUCCUGUCGUCACCAAAUAAAUGGAAAUUCUUUAAAGGCCCCCUGAAUGUCAUUGACCUACUGGCCAUCUUACCAUAUUAUGUCACCAUCUUUCUCACAGAGUCCAACAAAAGUGUGUUGCAAUUCCAGAACGUGAGGCGUGUGGUCCAGAUCUUCCGAAUCAUGCGUAUCCUCAGGAUCCUGAAACUCGCCAGACACUCGACUGGCCUGCAGUCUCUGGGCUUCACCCUCAGGCGGAGUUACAAUGAGCUGGGCUUAUUAAUAUUAUUUCUGGCUAUGGGGAUAAUGAUAUUUUCCAGCUUGGUGUUUUUUGCUGAGAAAGAUGAAGAUGCUACCAAAUUCACCAGUAUCCCUGCAUCAUUUUGGUGGGCCACCAUUACCAUGACCACUGUGGGCUAUGGUGACAUUUACCCUAAAACACUGUUAGGGAAAAUUGUGGGUGGCCUCUGCUGUAUUGCAGGAGUCCUGGUAAUUGCCCUUCCUAUACCCAUCAUUGUGAACAAUUUUUCUGAGUUCUAUAAGGAGCAAAAACGCCAGGAGAAAGCUAUUAAAAGGAGAGAGGCUCUUGAAAGAGCCAAAAGGAAUGGCAGCAUCGUUUCUAUGAACUUAAAAGAUGCCUUUGCUCGAAGUAUGGAGCUGAUAGACGUGGCUGUGGAGAAGGCCGGAGAGUCAGCCAAUACCAAGGACUCAGUGGAUGACAAUCACCUGUCUCCAAGCCGGUGGAAGUGGGCCAGGAAAGCUCUGUCGGAAACAAGCUCCAAUAAGUCUUACGAGAAUAAGUACCAGGAGGUUAGCCAAAAGGACUCCCACGAACAGCUGAACAACACUUCUUCCUCCAGCCCACAGCAUCUGAGUGCCCAGAAACUGGAGAUGCUAUACAAUGAAAUCACCAAGACACAGCCUCAUCCCCACCCAAACCCGGACUGCCAAGAACAGCCCGAGAGGCCAUCUGCUUACGAAGAGGAGAUAGAAAUGGAAGAGGUGGUCUGCCCGCACGAGCAGCUGGCUGUGGCACAGACCGAGGUCAUCGUGGACAUGAAGAGCACCUCCAGCAUCGACAGCUUCACCAGCUGUGCCACUGACUUCACAGAGACAGAGAGAUCGCCCCUGCCCCCACCCUCUGCCUCUCAUUUGCAGAUGAAGUUCCCCACUGACCUCCCAGGAACAGAAGAGCACCAAAGAGUCAGGGCGCUUCCAUUUCUAUUGCUAAGCAGAGAUAAGGGGCCUGCUGCCAGGGAGGCCACACUGGAUUAUGCCCCAAUUGAUAGAACUGUGAACCUCGACGCUGGGACUUCCCUUGGUCCUCUGCAACCUGACAGUGCCGCUGACAGCCCUAAGAGCUCGCUGAAAGGGAGCAACCCCCUCAAGUCCAGAUCCCUCAAAGUGAACUUUCAGGAAAAUAGAGGUAGUGCACCCCAGACUCCACCCAGCACAGCCAGGCCACUGCCAGUAACCACAGCUGAAUUUCCGCUCACCACCCCUCAGCACAUCAGUACCAUCCUUCUAGAAGAAGCCCUCCCCCAGGGAGAGAGACCCUUGCUGAGUGCUGAUGUUUCAGCACACUGUCAGGGACCUUCCAAAGGGCUAUCCCCCCGAUUUCCCAAGCAAAAACUGUUUCCUUUCUCUUCUAGAGAAAGAAGGAGCUUCACUGAAAUAGACACUGGAGAAGACGAAGACUUCUUGGACCUCCAAAGGUCAAGACCAGACAAGCAAGCAGACUCCAGCCCCAACUGCUUAGCAGAUAAGCCUAGCGAUGCCAGAGACCCUUUAAGAGAAGAGGGCUGUGUGGGUUCUUCCUCCCCUCAGAACACAGACCACAACUGUAGGCAAGACAUUUACCAGGCUGUGGGUGAAGUCAAAAAGGACAGUAGUCAAGAAGGGUACAAGAUGGAGAACCACUUGUUUGCCCCAGAGAUUCAUUCCAACCCAGGAGACACAGGUUACUGUCCCACUCGUGAGACCAGCAUGUGACUAGUUAUAAAAGCAAUAAAAAACUUGUUUCUUAAAAAUGCGAUCGAUAAUGCCGUGAACUAAAAUAUGGGAAACCCCUCUCCCCAAAAAAACAGUGCAUAAGAUGUUAUUUUUGCAUGGCAUGAACAGUUUAGUUUAAGUACUGUUUAAAUAAAGAGUCAAGACUGCAUUUUGUAACAAACAGAACAGAGUCAAGGACAGCGAGCAAAUAAAGAACUCUGUUAGGAACCAGUGAUCUGCAAUGUCUGACAUUUCUGAUCCUUUCAUUUCGAACUGGAGGCAGAUUUUCCGGUUUUAAAUUUUACAUUAUCAUGAAUUUUAGGAUUUGCACAUGAAGGGAUGAAAUGUCACUGCCUGUGUUCAUGCUUAUGCGGAGGAAGGUGCUUUGAGCUUGCAAAAUGCAUAACUUUGUAAAUAGGCCUGGAUGCAAAAGUGUCAAGAACAUGUGUAUACAAGUUUCUGAGACACAGGUACUUCCUUCACAGCUACUACCUGGAGGGACUGUCCAGACUUCCUGUUGCAAGCUUGCAACCUCUUCUUAGCCCACUCUGUGCAUCUGGCUUUGGAUUAUAAAGCUCUUAUGUUUGUUUAGAGGCAUACAGUAUUUUUAUUUAUUUGGGAUAUAAUUCAGAGGGUAUGUUUAUAUGUAUUUUUAUUUAUUUGGAAUAAAAUUCAGAGGGCAUUAUUUUCCCUUUUUCUUUUGCUUUUGCUGUUGCAUUUGUGGUGUUAUUUAUAAAUCAUGGAAAUUAGUAAGAUUUAAUGACCAGAUAUCAAGUAUUUGGAAUUUAAGCUUGAAUAUUUGCCUAUAAAUUAAAUACCAUGUCAUAGACUAUUAUAGAAAUUCAUUUUCAUAAACUUGAAAAUGUAUAGAGGGUUCUAUCAUAAAAUUUUUAAAAAUUAAAUUAGUAUCCCACAUUUGGAAAUCAUCUUUAAAAUGAUUUCUUUUGGCACUGCAUACAUGGCUGUAUUCUCCUCUGCUGUCCAACAUACAAGUUAAGAUCUGUUAAAAUGGAAAUUCCACAAAAUGACUCUUGGAAAAAUAAAAGUAGAGCACCCUUAACUGACAGAGCUGAACCCCAAAUGAACUACUGUGCUAGGAUCCCAGGUCUGGAAAUGCAGCACUAAAUACUUCUCAGUAUAGGACAGAGGUAUAAGAUGACACUACCAGUCAUAGAAGGAUUUUUCUUUUCUUUUUUUUUUUUUUCAGACUUUGAAUCCUUCCCAUGCAUGGCAAGAGCACUCUCAGUAUAUGCAGCAACUGGGCAGGCUCUCUCAAGCUUCCAACCGCAGAACCCCCUAGAAGAGGUCAGGACUUCCCUGCUGAGGGUCACUUCUGGCACUUUCUAAUGGAACACACUGAAGACAAAAGCAUUGGGCAUUGGAGGUUGCCCUUGAACUCACCUUGCUUUGUGUAAAGGAAAGUUCUAGUUACCACGGAGCAGCUACCAGCCAUGCAGUCUCCAGAGUGACUCUACAACCUCUCGUGAUCUCACUUGUAUCCAAAUAAAUAAAAAAACACCAAGUUAUUCCAAGGCCCCCUUAUGAUUUCAAAUUAAUGAUUUCUAGUUUCCUGGCAAUGCUCAGGUUUUGCCUCAGCAAAAAUGUAUUUUGUGCAUGUGUAAGUACAGUUCAGGGAAUUGAGAAAGCUAACAGGACAAACUAAAAGCAAAGUUUGGUGUUUAAGGGGAAAAAUCUAAAUUUUGUUCUUUUUUUUUAGGAAAACCAUUCAGGUAAAAGAUCCCAAUAUUUAAAAUCUAAUAUGUCUUUAAUAUUUCUUAGCUAAUAGUCUCUGGUCAUUAAAUCUCAGAUAAGAAAAUAAAAAUGGUCCUGAUGCUAAAAACUAAUUUAAAAUAUUUCUUCUAUCCCAUUGUGCUUAGAAUUUCUUAAUGGUUUUCAUGUUUUUUGGUUUUUAUGGUUUUGUUUCAUAACAUAACCUUUAAGAGUUUAUAGUAAUUAGUCACUGAUAUUUAUAUUAUGCAUACUUCUUUUAGUGUCUAAAGACCACAUAUUGAUAAGGUUUUGUAAAUCUAGAGUAUUUGAAUUUUCUAUAUAUAGUUUUUCAAAGUCAAGCAGGUAUAUCUAUUGUUAGAUGAAUAGCAAAUAAGUUAGGAAGAUCAUUUUCUUCAUACAGCCUCAUGAAGCAGUUAUUUUCUAAUGUCUCCUACAGUGAAUCUCUAUUUUUUUUAUUCAUCUGGCUUCAUAAGUGGACUUAUUGCCCUGCCAUAUGACCAGUGUCCCACUCUUUGUGUGUCUGUCUGGACUUUUACUGAGAACCCCCUUCCAUAACACUUAGGUUCAGAACCCUUAUCCAGUCUAAAAGUUUCUGUUGUUUUCCCUGGAAGCAUUUUUCCUAGAGUCUCUCCCUGUCUUUCUAAUGGUUUGUUAGGAAGAUUUCUGUUUGUAAGUUUUCAAGAAUUUAAAAACAAACAAAAACAUCCCUUGGAAAUCUCAUCUUUUGUGUUCCUCUGAUUGAAAGUCUUCAGCUAAGAGAAAAAAAACAGAAAAUUUUCCUCCAGGAAUCUUUGACUUUGCUGUUUCACAUGGAGGUAUCUCCUGGAAUGCACUUGUGAAGCCUUUCUAAACUUCAGCAAAUGGCAUCUAAUUCAGAGGAGAACGUGUCUGCCUGGAAAGACAUGGAUACACCUAUCAAGUGUGGAAUUCUUUCGAAGUCUCUUAUGUUCUACAUUAAAAGUUCAUGUCCGCACUGCAACAUACCCCACGAUAUAUCUGUUUCAGUAUUUUUUAAAUGCUGUUUUAUAUUACUCAUCAACAGUAAAACUGACAAUCAUAUGACUUCAAAUACCUCUUUCCCAUCCCUUGAAAAACACCACAAACAUUUAGAAAGGACUGCCUGAAUGGGCUAUUGGAAGGCUAUACUUCUAAGAGUUCAUUUCACCAUUAGCUAGCUCAGUGGCCAGGAAGAAAUGGCCAAUGAAAAAGACUAUUUGAAUGGCCUCAAAAGAGCAUGGUCCCUCAAAUAGCUAGGCUGUUUCUCCUGGCUCUCUUAACCAGCAUAAAUUGCCCCCAAGAAGUUUUUUAUCUCAAACAUAAGAGCAUAGAUAUGAUGUGCAUUGAGUUCUGGAUGGAGACCAAUGGGAAAAGGACCUGCCUAGCAUGCAUGGCAACCUGUUUAAUCCCCAACACUGCAGAAGAAAAAGGAACAGAGUAAGAAAGGAAGAAAUACCUUGAGUUGGUCCACACAUAUACCUAGCGGUUCCCUGAAAGUGACUUAAUUGUUGUCUCAUCAUUCCUCUAGAAAUUCCCUCACUCUGACACAGCCUACUGCUUUGAAGUAAGACAUGAUCAAGCACUAUCAUGAUGAGACUAGAUCUGGUAGCAAAGAGAGUAUGCGCCCAAUGUCUGUUUCCAUAUUUUCUUGACAACAUUCUUACUCUCACACUGGCCAUGAAAAUUUAACACUUUAUUUUUUUUUCUUCAGAUUAGAAAUGGGGGGGUGGGGGAAGGCUUAGACACGUAGACUACUUCACAGUUCCUUCUCUCUCAACAGCUUUCAGAAUUAUCAGUAAAUGACAAAAGAAGCCUGUUCUUUGCCGGGUCCCGCGUAGAUCACUGGUAAGUGGUAGACCCUGACCUCAGGCACAUCAUCUGACUGGCAUCCUAAUAUACCACUAGAAAGCUAUUCAAACAGUUUCUCCCAUCAAUGUCUAAAUUAUGUAAAUAAACAGAAAUCAUAUUGAUAACAUGAAAUGAUAUUUUUAGUAGCAAGAAAACCUGUGGGAUGGUAAAAGACUAACAAUUUUGAUGAGCCAAAUUGGGCACUUAUAUUAACCAACUGGGAAUUCUGGACAUAUUAUAGAUAUUCCUUAGCUAAGAAGAAAGCCUCAUGUUUGCAACGUGAUAUGUCACACACAUGAAGCAGAAGGAUGCAGAAAGCCGUUGAUCUUACCCAAAAGCAGACAGAGCUAAAGUCACCUCCAAUCUAAAGUAAAACACAUCAUUUAUUAAAUUCAGUCACUGUGCUGCUGUUUACUCAAUCAGAUGAUACUAGGUGGACCCUUCCUCUUCCAUGCCAAUCACAGUAGCAUGAGCAAUGGUACAACUCUUAACCUCACACAGCUUCCUGACACUUUCGGCUACACCACUGAUACGGAGGGGAAGAUACUUGAGGUUACUGCCAAAAGGUCACCUGUCAGGCUGAAAAGAUAAUCACCUAGUGAUCUCAUCAGAGAACUAUAGAACAUAAAUAAAUUAUAUUACUUUCCCAAAGAACCAUUUUCCUAAGAAAUAAAUGAAGUGCAUAAAGCCAAACUUAUAAUUAUGCUUGAAUCGUGUUUAGUUUUUAUACUUGAAAUAACAAAUUGUUAAUCUGAUUGAGUGAGAUCCUGAACUAUCUUUGUUAUCUGGUAAAUUAAAAAUUAAUAUUUUAUGGUUGGGAAUGUACCUCUGCGGUAGAACACUUGCCUGCAUGAGGCUCUUGGUUGGAUCCCCAGUACAAAAAAAAUAUUUUAAUGAGAUAUAUUUCUUAUCAAAAUAGCUAAUAAUAGUCUAUCACAAGUAACUAGAGAAAAAUUUAGUACUAGUGGGAAAGGAUUGAAAAAAUUUACAUUCAUGAAUAAAUUUUAAAAUGGAGCAUUUAAGUGUUUUUCUUCCUGCAGUCUCUUAGCAACAUUACAGGAUAUAACAUUAUUCUCUACUUAAUCUUCUAAAUUCCUAACAUUUAAAAGUCAGCAUUCAAAAGUCCUGCAGCUUGACUCAAAGAAUUUAAUCACUAGGUUCAUAGAGAUUUGAAAGUAUAUUGGUUAUUUUGCCACUGCCAUGUCUUCCUCAAAGUAGCACAAAAAAAUAAGGAAAUAAAGGAAAACACAUAUGAGAAAAGAGAAAUGGAUUUGGUGGCACAUGUCUUUAUUGUUGAAAUGGGAAGGCUGGGAGUUUAAGCACAGUUGUUGCUACACAGGGAACUUCAGAUUAGCCUGGCUAAUCUAGGGAGACCCUAUCCCAAAAGGAGGAGGAAGAAAAGAAAGAAGAGGAAGGGAAGCAGCAGAAGCCCAACAUGGUAGUGUGCACAUGAGUCCUUACACUCAUGAGUUCAAGGCCAGCCUGGUCUACAUAUCAAAGUGAGCAGCCCGUACACACUCUAGUUAACACUGCAAUCCUUUGGUGGUUUCAACAGUAAUUUCUUUCACUUGCCUUUGUAAAAUAACCUGAUUCAAUUCCAUGAAUCCUUACCACUGUCAUUUAAGUGCAUUACCUUCCUUAGUAAGUCUAAAAGGUUAUUUUAUAUAUAGAGAGAAAAACCAUAGAGAGAAAAAGGUAUAAUAAGUUGUUUCAACACCAGAAAAAGACAAAAUACAAAAGAUUUUUUAAAUCAAGUAAUUAGUGUAUUCUUAAUUUGUUGUAUAUACCUGCAUAAAUGUUGUACUUACACAAAUACACGUGUAUGAAACGUAGGUACUUAGGAGAUACAUGAAGAAGAGAAUCAGGCCAUAGUUUCCACUUUACUUCCUCUCCUAAAGAAGUUAUUUCUUAUCACCAAACAAUUCUAAAUUACUGUUGGCACAUAAUAAAACUUUCCCUAUAAUCAAUAAUUGCCCGAGUUAACAAGCACAAACAUCGAUGCCUUCCAGCUUACAGUCCAGCAGAUGCUUCAUAUUUAAGUGAUUGUGUUCCGUGUGAAAUCCAGUUUUACAGAGUGAGCUUGAAAGAGCAUCACAAGGUAUCUGAAUCUGUUGUCUGAGAUCUCAAAAGUCCUUUGCUGUACCCUUAGACUCAAGGUGUUUAUUUUCAUUCUUUAAUCUAGUAUCCAAAUUCCACCAUGGCUUAAAAUUACAAUAGCUGCCUGAUAUUAAUAAAAGUGUAUGAAGAUAUUUCUACUUCAAAAGAGAAAAAGAAAGGUGAAUGAAAGAAAAUAUUAAAGAUAAAUCAUGUUUAUUAAUAAAACUGGUUUUAAAAGAUAGGAGCUCUCUGUAGGUAGCCCAGGUUGGCCUCAGAAUCACAGUCCUCCUGUCUCAGCUACCUAUGAAGUGAUCAUUUGUAACUAUUAUGUUUUGUAUUUGCAACACUAGCCUCCAUUUAAGCCAACACAAUGUACUGCUUGGUAAAAAUCCUACUGCUGGUCUGAGUCCAUUCACAUCCUUACCUGCUGACAAAGAUAUGGCUGGAGAGUUUUUUUAUAGUUAUUUUUCAUGUUACUGGAUCUGAAAUAGAUUUGAGGUGGCAUAUCACGUCAAAACAACAGCCUUUCAGAAUGAAGACACAGAACCCUGACACCCCGAGGUGAAGACCCAAAGGUGUAUCAUAAUAACCAUCCUUCUAUGUUUAUUCUCUACCUUAGAUGCCUUCUAGUGCUCAACGCAAGAAAAGGUGAAUUCUGUGAGAAUUUGUACAUAGAUGUAAUGGUCAAGCCCAACCCGUAUUCCUGUCCCUUCAAUCCCUCCCCUGGGUCCCCACCGCUAUUCCUUCCCAAUUCCAUAUGUUCCACAAAAGGUGGGAUCCUAUUGGCACAGAAAAGGUGGCUGGUGACCAGGAGUAAGGACAAGUUCUCUACCACUUUUUAUGUCCAUGUCCCCUGGAUGCAGUCAGAAACAACCAGGUUCCAGACAUUUCUGUGAUCACAUCUCCUUUUUCUUUUUAUUGUCCCUUUUAGUUUGCUACUCUCUGCACUACAUUCUCAGGGCGCCUUGACUGCUGCCUGUAAAACACACACACACACACACACACACCAACAAAAACCUGCAAAUUUUGCUACAUCUUGAUUAGUGCUAUAUAUCUUUACUCUAGCUAUACAGUGUGCAUCACUUUGACGUUUUUGCCACUAUGGGAAACUAGGCAAAAACUGAAAAUGGCGGGAGGGGGUGGUUACCAGUCAUGGUGUAAAGACAAUACUGCCUUGUUGGCCUUCUCAACAGCUCCUACUCUGAUAGCAUCUACUUGGAGACCAUGAAUAGAGUGUGACAUACCCCCUGGAUUGAUCCUGUUAGAGAAAGGAAUGUCUUCUAAAGUUCCCAUAGACAUCAGUUGUGCUAGCCAGAAAUCCUGCUAUAGUCAAAUUGCUCACCCAUCAUUAAGGCAAAAUACAGCUGGAAUUUUUACUUGGAAAUAUGGGCUAUGUUUUGUUUGUUUGUUUGCUUUUUGGUUUUUGGGAUCUUUUGCCUGUAAGUUUUAUACAAAUCACUAUAUUUGACUAAAGUUGAAAGUAUUUUUAAAGAAAAACAGACAUAAAAAGGCAAUAUUACCAUUAUUAACCCAAAUUACUUACUCAACGGGAAUGCUGUCACCAGAAAUAAUUAAUAAAAAUGCAUAUACUACUAAAAUUUCAGGAAGGAUAAUUGAAAUCCUUUGUAUUCAUCUCAAAAUCAAAGAAAGAAAAAGAAAAGUCUGCAACUCACAAAACAUUAGGUUUAUCACACAAUAAUCAAGUUCCAAACUUAUGCAAUUUUAAAGAGGUAUAUAUUAAACCAUAAAAAAUUCAAAAGUGAAUGUGUAGAAAGGCUCUAUUAAGCAAAUAUGAGGUGCCAUUAGCAGAGUGAAGCAUUUUAACAGCCUUUAAUUUCACGACAGAAUAGCUAUGCAAGCUCUUAGCACCUUGCUUUCAUUGAAAUACUUUAUUUUCAACUGUUGCUUAUAUGUUGUUUGCUUGCUUGUUCUGUUCUCUUUGAAGAAGGGAGUAUUCAUAGAAGAGGGUUUAAAGGUAUAAAUUAUUGGGCAACUUACUGUUCCUGGAGUAUGUGGGCAACCAUAUGGCCUUCACUGUCCUUGAUUCCCCCACUUCCCUUUCCAGGCUUUGCUGUCUUGGUUGUGAGAACAGUCUUGUGAUCACAUCUCACAUCCUUCUCCCUCCAGUUUUUCACUCCUCUUCUGUCUGUAGUACAUGCCAGGUGUCCUUCCCUAGGGCCCACCUGCUUAGAGCUCACAGGUACCAAGUCACAAGCAAGAGCAAGUGGGCCAUUAGCAAUAACAACUUGAAGCCUAAAGCCAGAAGGAGGGUUUCAGAAAACUUAGAGGCUAAAGGGAACUGUCCCAGAACAGGAGAAUAACAUGAUUUGACAUCGUUCUUUCCCCGUGCGUGACCAAAAAUACAGUUCAGGUGGUACUGUGAGUCAAGUCCAGGCAAUCACUCCUGCUAUGUAUUACGUCUAUGGCUGAGCUGCACCAGUAGGUCAAAUACAGUGUAUUCAAGUUUUCACCACGAUGGAAAACUAGAAAGGAAAUAACUAGGUUUUUUUAGAAAGAUGGAACCAAAUUCAUUUGUGUAUCCCAAGGCAACCAUUUCAAAUGCAAGCUUUUCUACUAAUUGUGUGGGAAGCUCAUGAGUGUGUCUGUUUUCAAAGCAAUAUCCCAAAGGAAGAUACCAGUGUCAUCUUUCUAGUUUUCUAUAGUAACAGACAUUUCAGUCAGGGAAAACUGAUAUUCUGGUAAGUUUUCAUGUAGAUAGGGGACAAAAUUCUAAUAGCCAUUCAUACAAAACCUUAGCAAAAGAUACUAGGGUGGAAAGAAAGCCAUAAUGAAAAACUCAUACUUUGACAAUCACGUAGUCAUAAACAAUUCAUAUUUGAAUUAGGAUUUUAAAUUUUUCUUCUAUGUAAAAAACAUCUUUAAGUUACCAUGUGAAAUAAAUACUACUUAUUUUUAUUAUAAUAUGUAAAUUUCUAUUGUAACUUAAAUGAAAUGGAAUGUAGGAAAACACUAAGCAUACUGCUGGACAAAUAGAAGGCGUGUGUCUUAAAAUCAGAAUUCCAAAGGAAGAGGUUCAAGUCACAUUUGUGUUCUCAAAAAUGAGUUCUCAAAUCCUUUUGUAGCUUCCUGAACAUCCAAAAAAUUUUAAUAUGUGUUUAAGUAAAAUCCACUGUAAUAUAAAAUAUAGGUCAUUUUAUUUGCUAAGUUAUAAACAUAUAGGUACCCUAUGUGGCUUUCAAGAAUGAUAUUAUUUUAACAAAUAACAUGGUAUGAAAACUAGUGGUACAUUUUCAACCUAAUUGCCUUAAAGUUUUAGUGUUCAGUUUGCAAGUCUCAAUUUCUUCUUGAGGAGAACAGCUUCCUACAAUGAUUUCAAUACACUGUCUAUUUGGAUAGUAUUUUGUAUUGUUUCUGUUACCACAAGUUUAAACUGUAUCAUCAUCAUCAUCAUCAUCAUCAUGGGAACAUUCAACAUGGUGGGCCAUCUACCUGUUUCAAAUAUUUGCAAACAUGUGGAUCCAUUUCAUGGAGUGAUUCAUAGCCAAUUUGGUUCCACAGUUAUAGUAACUGACCCUUUGCCAACUAUAUUAUAAGUACAAAGGCUUUGUCAUUAAAUUUUUCCUCAUUAAAUUUUUGGUCUUGAAAACCUAAAGCACAAAUUUUCAUCAGUGGAUUUCACUGGAGACUUUUGUUUUGCUGUAUUUUAAGGUUAAUCUCACUGAUCAAGAAAGGGGACUCAGGGGGAGCUAAUUUUUCAUGACAGUGUGUUUAAAAUUCGGGGCAAUGAAACUGAGAUGAAUGCCCAUAUCUUGUGAUGACGAGUGGUGACCAGGGGACUACAUAUAAGACAACACCCUUCACACUCAGUCUUGACACCACUGCAGCAACUCCAGCCAAAGCAGGCUGACCACUGUGGAAACAGGGUGAGGCGACUCUGAUAUUACAGACAAGCUAAACUGGGACUUCUUCUGUUGAAUCCACAAAAGAAUUUCCAAGAUGCAUUAAAACUUUCUUCUCAGAGAAUCUAGUAGCUAUCACUAGAAAAAAAUGAAAACCAUACUUAAGUUUUAAUGAAUUUUCAUUUGCUUAAUUGGCUUGGGAAGAUUAUUUUAAAUAUGUUUGGUUUGAGGGAGAGGGCAGCUCUUUUGGGGGUUGCUUAGCAAUUUUGUGAAAAUCUUAAUAUAACACACUACUUGGUUUGGACUUUCAAUUCAUUAUAAUUCUUAAAAAAUAAUUCACGUUCUAAGUCAUAAUUGCAUGACAAUUAGCUCCUACUAUUUAGUUAUGGCCUAAUGGAGACUGUAUACCUCUGUUUUCUCAAAACAAUAAAGUUCCUAGUUUAUUAAAUAGUAUUCUGACAGAAGAUUAUGCUGCCCAACCAGCUCUAAGUGUACUGAUACCUGUCUGCAUAUAGUUUGUGCAAAACUUCCAUGUCGACUGUCUUGUGUCUGCUGCACUCUGAAGCUGCCACUGUCAUCGUUUCAUCUUACUAUGCCAACAGCUGUGGUGUCAUGUACAUAGGCCAUGAUACAAACACAGUUGUAAACUGCUUACUAAGCAUCAAGUCUACAAAGUCUGAUGCAAGACAACAACACUGUAGUUCAAACGGCACACUGUGCAAAUCAUCUUCAUCCCUGCAUUCUUUACCACAAAUGCUGAAGCACUGUGUCAUAUCUACAUGAUCAAACUAUGUCGAGUAAUUUAGUUUUAAAAGUCUGCCAACUAACAAAGAAAAAUAUCUACUAACUUUCCCAUAUACAUCACUCAAAUUCUCUUCAGUCGUCAAUGUAGGCCUGUCUCAAAUGGUGUCUCUCAUCACUAUUAUGUGUAAAAUAUAAGGAUGGUACCAUGGUGAGAUUUGACCUGCCUAACAUUGGCUGUUACAACUGGUCAAAGAUUUGUACUAUCCUCAGAAGUGAUGCAGCUAUUACAGCCUAGUAUUCCAAAAUACUGAAUGUGGGGACACUCGGUGUUGGAGUGCUUGGCCUGUGCAUGCAAGGAUGUGGACUCAAACCCCAGCAUCAGAAAACUAAGAAAAACAAAGUUUGGAUACCUACAAAAUUAAUGAUUAUGAACACUGAGGUUCCAGUAUUUGGGGAAAGUGGGAAGCAAGUAAAAGGGGAAAUAGGAGAAAAUGGAGAAGAAAAAACCAGCAGGGCACACAAAGGAAGUGUUAAAUGGGGAGUUAAUGCUUAUAGUGCAUGUUUAUGAGAAAGUGACUGGCUUUGGGAGGUGUACAUACACAGGCAGUCGCGUGUGUAGGAUCAGAAAGGGAUCCUAAAUUGUCUACUGGGUUUCCCCACUCUGGUUUACCAAAGUCAUAUUUUUUUCAUUUUAAUUGUUUAACUUGUCAAAGUCAUUAGUUCAAAAUUUAAUGCUAGGAUUAUAAGCUUAUUGUUAAACUCAAGACAACUAUGUAAAGACUCAUAUUAAUUUUCUGAAAACUGCUGAUGAAGGUGUUUAGUACUGUCAGUAACUAAUGAAUACAAAAGGUCUUGUUCAGGGUAAUCCUGAAUGAUUUCUCUAUAAAAUAUAUUAAUAUGCAACCUGUUCUUUUUCUCUCAUUAUAGAUAUUUUACUUGUUGUAAUGAAAUCCCUAAACAUCCCCCAAGCUACAAAUACUCAAAAAUAUUUUUAAAUCUAAGGAGUCUAAGUAUCAGAUAUUAAAUAUUAAAUGAGUAGUUCUUUCAAUGCUUCUAUACAUAUAUAUUAAUUAAAACAACUUGCUAUCUUGGAGAUACACACGGCAUUAGGAUUGCAGCUGCAGUGCAUGGUACUUCAUUCCUUUUUCUGACAUCAGUGUCUUAGGGGGUUUUCACACUAGUCUAUAAAAGCUCUGAAUGCUGCAGGGAAAAAGAAGCACAAUCAGUAUUUUGUUUUAAGAGUUCCCAAGUGAGUGACCCUGUCCUGUCUCCUCAUGUAAUAACUGCAUUCCACCCUAUACUCUGUUGACUUUCAAUACAGAUUCUCUCUAGAGGCUAAAGCAUAUGUAUAAGUGACUAAGUCUUGUCUAGUCUCAUUCAUCUGCCUCGACAUACUUUAUUCCAUUGUAUCUGCAAAUGAAAUGUUUGUUUCAGUUCCGUAAAGAGGAUGUGGUUUAGCAUAUGCGUGUUUGUUUGGCCGUCCAUCCUGCACCAUUAAUACAAUGCCUUUCUCUCCCAUUUAAUGGUGUUUGUAUCUGUGUCCCUGUAUUUGCUGCAUUUUAGGUACAUAGAAAAAAAAACAUGAUUUUUGUACUUAUAGUUUUGCUCAUCAGCUCAGUAAUUCUGCACCAAUCAGCAUACUUCUCUGCAUGUAGUAGUCUAUACAAUUGUUCAACAUCAAAAUACUUGUUUCUUUUGUGUCAAAAUGUCUAUAAAAUUGCCAGCAUUGUUCUCCAUUUCAGUCUGGUAGAAUACGUGAGAUAGAAAAUAAAUGUGCAAAUGAUU